CUCUUCAUUGGCUUACCAUUCUACAGAAUCGGCAUUUUGCUCCCCGCAUUCCAUUCUCGAAUAGCCGGAACAGAAUCCAUAAAAGAAGACACACAUCUUUCGACUCGCUAGAAGCAUCCCUCCUCCUUUCAACCACAUCCAUACAAACAACAUUCAAAAUGGUUCUCGUCACUGAAUUGACUACAAAAUUAGGCUUGACUGUACCCGUCGUACAAGGUGGUAUGCAGUGGGUCGGUACUCCACCUCUUGCAAGUGCUGUCAGCAACGCAGGCGGUCUUGGUAUCCUAACAGCAUUAACGCAACCUUCACCUGAUGCAUUACGCAAAGCAAUUCAAAAGACCCGAACGAUGCUCAAACCUGAAGUUGCAAACAGAUGUUCAAAAUAUGGUGCAAUUGGCGUGAAUAUCACUUUGUUGCCUUCUAUCAAUCCACCAGAUUAUCCAGGUUACGCAAAAGCAGCCUUGGAUGAGGGUAUUCGUAUUUUUGAAACUGCUGGAAAUAAUCCCGGCCCUGUGAUUAAGAUCUUAAAGGAACAUGGCGCAUACGUUAUCCAUAAAUGCACUACAAUCCGUCACGCCAGAAGCGCACAAAAGAUGGGCGUAGACAUGCUUUCGAUUGAUGGUUUCGAAUGCGCAGGUCACCCCGGUGAAGAUGAUAUUGGAGGUUUGGUUUUGAUGGCUCGUGCUGCUGAAGAACUCAAGAUUCCCUUUAUUGCUUCUGGUGGUAUUGCCAAUGGACAACAAUUGGCUGCUUCAUUAGCACUAGGUGCAGAUGGUGCAAACAUGGGCACUCGAUUCAUGUGCGUCAAAGAAGCUGAAAUUCAUGACAAUGUGAAAGAAGUGAUGGUAAAGAGCGACGAAAGGGAUACGAUUCACAUCUUCCGUACGCUGCGCAACACUGCACGAGUAUACAAGAACAAGGUAGCUGUUGAAGUUGUUGAAAAGGAAAAAGCAGGAUGCAAAUUUGAAGAUAUUCGUCAUUUAGUAUCAGGAGAACGUGGUCGUCAAGUCUAUGUUAAUGGAGAUAUUGAUGCGGGCAUUUGGACUUGCGGUAUUUCUGUUGGUUUGAUUCAUGACGUUCCUACUUGUGAUGAACUUGUUCAACGUGUUGGAAAAGAAGCAGAAGAUUAUAUUCAUAAAUUGGCAAGCUUGAGCGCAAACAAAUCAAGCAAUCAAUCCGGCCGUGAAGCCAGACUAUAGACGGUGCAAAAAAAGC